AUGGACCGUGGCGUGCUCUGCCAGGCUGUUGCCCUAUUGCUGGUCGUGUGCAGCCUCGGCCCCACAAGUCUUGCAGAAACAGUCUACUGUGACCUACAGCCUGUGGACUCCAAGGUGACAUAUGGAAUGAGCCAGGUUUCUGAGGGCUGUGUGGCUCAGAUCCCCGAUGCCACCCUAGAAGUCCAUGUUCUCUUCUUGACGUUCCAAGGGGACAUAUCAGAGCUGAAGCUGACUCUCCAGACAUCCAAGCAAGGUGGCAUCCGGCCCCGAGAGGUGCUGCUGAUCCUCAGCGUGAACAAAUCCAUCUUCCUGAAAUUGCAGGCACCAGGAAUCCCACUCCAGCUGGCCUACGACCCCAAACUGGUCAUUCCCGAGGCCCUAGAUGCCAACACCACACAGCUGCCAUCCUUCACCACCAAGGACCAGCUCCUCAACUGGGCGACUACAAAGGGUCCCAUCGCCUCUGCUGCUGAACUGAACGACCCAGAAACCAUCCUCCUUCGUCUGGACCAAGCCUCGAGCUCACCGCUCUGCAUUCUGGAACCUCAGAAGGCCAUGGGCCACACGCUCGAAUGGAGCCGGAAAGCCUACGCCCCGGUUCGGGGCUGCCGCUUGGAAGGUGUGGCUGGCCACAAGGAGGCGCACAUCCUGAGGAUCCUACCGGGCCCAGAGGCCUGGCCCCGGACAGUGACCGUGAAGUUGGAGCUGAACUGUGCUUGGAGAGAUACUGACGCCGCCGUGCUCAUCCUUCAGGGUCCACCCUACGUGUCCUGGUUAAUCGACGCCAACCAUAACAUGCAGAUCUGGACCACUGGUGAAUACUCCUUGAAGAUCUUUCCAGAUAGGAUCAACCCUGGUUUCCAACUUCCAAACACAACCCAAGGCCUGCUGGGGGAGGCCCGGAGGCUCAAUGCCAGUGUAGUAGCAUCCUUCGUGGAGCUCCCUCUGACCAGUGAUGUCUCUCUGAAGACCCACAGCUGUGGUAGUGGGCUGCAGCCCUCACCCACACCGGUGGAGAUCACCACUGCCAAUAAGGGCUGCAACCAGGAGCUACUUCUGACCCUGAUCCAGCCCAAGUGCUCCAGCGAUGGCAUGACUCUGGUACUCAAGAAGGAUCUCAUCUCGACUCUGCUAUGUACCAUCACAAGCCUGACCUUCUGGGACUCCAGCUGCCAAGCCGAGGAAACAGAAGACGAGUUUGUCUUGAGCAGCGGCUACUCCAGCUGCGGCAUGGAAGUGAUGGAAAAUGUGGUCAGUAACGAGGUGGUCAUCAGACUCCUGUCAAGCUCAUCACCGCAGCGGAGAAAGGUGCAGUGCAUCAACAUGGACAACCUCUCCCUCCAGCUGGGCCUCUACCUCAGCCCGCACUUCCUCCAAGCCUCCAACACCAUCGAGCUGGGCCAGCAGGGCUUUGUGCAGGUGAGCGUGUCCCCAUCCAUCCCUGAGCUCAAGAUCCAGCUGGAGAGCUGCCAACUGAACCUGGGGCCCGACAUGGAAAUCGUGGAACUCAUUCAGGGCCAGGAAGCCAAGAGCAGCUGCGUGAGCCUGCUGUCCCCGAGCCCUAGUGGUGACAUACGCUUCAGCUUCCUCCUCCGCGGCUACAUGGUGCCCAUGCCCACGACUGGCAUCCUCAGCUGCUCUGUGACCAUGCAUCCCAGGAUUCGGUCCCUGGAAGUCCACAAGACUGUCUCUAUGCGCCUGAACAUCGUCAGUGCCGGCCUGCCUGACAAAGGCCUCGUCCUGCCUGCCGUGCUGGGCAUCACCUUUGGCGCCUUCCUUAUUGGGGCCCUGCUCACCGCCGCGCUCUGGUACAUCUACUCGCACACGCGUCACCCCGGCAAGCGGGAGCCCGUGGUGGCGGUGGCUGCCCCGGCCUCCUCGGAGAGCAGUAGCACCAACCACAGCAUCGGGAGCACCCAGAGCACCCCCUGCUCCACCAGCAGCAUGGCGUAG